UGACAGUUUCAAACUACCAUAUCUUUGCCUUCCCAAUACACCCUUUGUCUCUGCUUCUCUAUCUUCUCCAUAACUUGUUUAUGGAUUCUUCUCUUCUUGAGUGGUAAUAAUUAUUUUCAGCCCAAAACCUUUGAAAAAGGAAUGGAGCUUUUUUUAUGCCCUAUGUAGAGACAAAGACACAAAAGUACUUUGGUUGCUUUUUGUUUUGUUGGCUUUGAUAGACUUGCAAUGCCAGACAAGGUAAGGUCACACUUUGUUCUAAGACACUCAAAGCUUCAUUUUUAAUUAAAAAAAAUCAUUUUUUUCCCCUUUGAAAAUAACCAUCCAUUCUUCCGAGAGGAGUACUCAUUUUGUUGUUGCUUCUAAGUUUUGACCUGUUAGCUCAAAUGGGUUUUGGUUUCUUUGGUUCUUUACUAAUUCUAUCACUCUUCUUCAAGCAUUUUACUUGUCAACUACCCAACACUGAUGGGUUUUAUGUCUCUAACUUCUUGAACAAAAUGGGUUCAAACUCUUCUUUGUCUUACAACUUCCCUGGUUCUGUUUGUUCGUGGGUGAGGGUGAAUUGUGAUGAUACCAAGGAGAAUGUUAUUGCAUUGAAGGCUUCAGGUUUAGGCCUUUCUGGUUUGAUUCCUGAUACCACCAUUGGAAAGUUAGCUCAGCUUCAGUCAUUGGAUCUUAGCAAUAACAAAAUCACUGCUUUGCCUUCAGAUUUUUGGAGUUUAGUCUCACUUAAGAGUCUUAACCUCUCAUAUAAUCAGAUUUCAGGGUCUCUCCCAAACAAUAUUGUCAACUUUGGUCUGCUUGAAGUUAUGGAUCUCUCUGGUAAUAAUUUCUCUGGGGAAAUUCCUACAACUAUAAGCUCACUAGUUAGUUUGAAAGUUCUUAAGCUUGGUGGUAAUGGGUUUGAAUGGAGCAUUCCUGAAGGAAUUCUAAAUUGCCAGUCUUUGGUUUCACUUGAUUUCUCUUCAAACCAUCUAAAUGGUUCCUUGCCAGAUGGUUUUGGUGCUGCAUUUCCUAAGCUCAAAACUUUAAACCUUGCUAGAAAUGAGAUUCAUGGCAGGGUUAUGGAUGUUGCCGAAAUGAAGUCUCUAACAAGCCUUAACAUUUCCAGGAACUUGUUUAAGGGUUCAGUCGUGGGUGUAUUUCAAGGGCAGUUGGAAGUGAUUGACCUCAGCAAGAACGAGUUUCAAGGUCACAUUUCUCAGGUACAAUUCAAGUGGUCUCAUUUGAUUUAUCUAGACUUAUCUGAGAACCAACUCAGUGGAGAAAUUUUCAUGAAUCUCAGUCAAGCUCAGAAUCUUAGACAUCUUAAUCUUGCAUGUAAUAGAUUUGCUAGCCAAAAAUUCCCGAGAAUUGAAAUGCUUUUGGGUUUAGAGUAUCUCAACUUGUCUAAAACCAGCCUCAUUGGCCACAUUCCAUCACUGGCUAACCAAAACCUCAAAUCACUUGAUGUUUCACACAACAAUUUGAGUGGAGAAAUCCCCAUUUCUCUCUUGGAAAAACUCCAUUUUAUGGAGAGAUACAACUUCUCUUACAACAACUUAACCCUUUGUGAUUCAGGGUUAUCUUCUGAGAUCUUGGAAACAGCCUUUUAUGGCUCAUUAAACAAUUGCCCUAUUGCUGCAAAUCCUGCCCUUUUCAAAAGAAGACCCCACACACAUAAAGGGUUCAAGCUUGCCCUAGCUUUAACCCUCUCCGUGGUCUGCUUGCUUGGUGGAUUGCUAUUAUUAGCCUUUAGUUGCAGAAAGAAAUCCAUGACAUGGAUUGUUAAGCAACCUUCAUAUAAAGAGGAGAACAUUUCAGGUCCUUUUUCCUUUCAAACGGAUUCAACCACAUGGGUGGCUGAUGUUAAGCAGGCAGCAUCAGUCCCAGUAGUGAUAUUUGAGAAACCAUUAUUAAAUCUAACAUUUGCAGACCUCUUGACUGCAACUUCUAAUUUCGAUCGAGGCACACUACUAGCAGAAGGGAAAUUCGGGCCUGUUUAUAGGGGAUUUCUGCCUGGUGGAAACCAUGUAGCUGUUAAAGUUUUGGUUCAUGGAUCAAGAUUAACAAACCAAGAAGCUGCAAGAGAGCUCGAGUCUCUUGGUCGAAUCAAACACCCCAAUCUUGUUCCAUUAACUGGUUAUUGCUUGGCUGGGGAUCAAAGGAUUGCCAUUUAUGAUUACAUGGAGAAUGGGAACUUGCAGAACUUGCUCUACGACUUGCCACUUGGUGUUCAAGCAACUGAGGAUUGGAGCACUGAUACAUGGGAAGAAGAAGGCAACAAUGGUGUACACAAUGUUGGGUCUAAAGGACUAUUGCAAACCUGGGGAUUUCGAUACAAAAUCGCCCUUGGUGUUGCACGAGCACUGGCAUUUCUUCAUCACGGUUGCUCACCUCCAUUAACCCACAGAGAUGUUAAAGCUAGUAGUGUUUAUCUUGACUCAAAUUUAGAGCCUAGAUUAUCUGAUUUUGGACUAGCUAGUGUUUUUGCGACUGGUGCAGAGGAUGAAAUUGUACCACCUGAACCAAAAUCCGAUGUAUAUUGCUUUGGGGUUGUUUUGUUUGAGCUAACAACAGGGAAAAAGCCAAUUGGAGAUGAUUAUCCAGAGGAACAAGCAGCAAAUUUAGUGAGUUGGGUUCGAGGGUUGGUGAGAAAGAGCCAAGGAUCGAAAGCUAUUGAUCCUAAAAUCCGUGAAACAGGGCCAGGUUAUCUAAUGGAGGAGGCCCUGAAGAUUGGAUAUUUAUGCACAGCUGAUGUUCCCAACAAGCGACCAACCAUGCAACAGAUUGUUGGUCUUCUCAAAGAUAUUGAACCAAGAGCUACUGUAUGAAAAACAAUGAUAUAAGAAUCACCAUGGCAGGGGAUAUAUGUAUAGUGAUUGUUAAAUUAUGUCUUGGACCCUGCUAUCUUUCUCUUCACUUUUCCAUUCUUGGCAUCCUAGUUUUAAGGGUUUAUCAUUUCAAUGGAAAAUCAAUUAUUUGCUCGGUCUAACUCUCGUAUGUAUUUCAAGAUUAAAUUCCUGCUGAAAUAUUUUGAUUCUACAAA